UGCUUCCGUGGUUUCCAUAGCAACAUGCUACUCAAACAAAACCGCCCGCGGUUCGCUUUAUCCCUGCAACCUCUUUAAAAACGUUUAGCUAGCUCACUUUUCCAAAUUUUCCGAAGACCACCAGAGGUGUGUGAACAUCAUCACCUUACACUGGCUAUAUGCACUCACUUCAGCGGAUAUAUCCUGUCCCUCACUUACUGCACCCUGACAUGAGGACUACGAGUGUCGCACUUAGUUUGACAGUGAUAAACUGCGGACCCUGAGUCCCUGGAGAGGACAGGGUCUUGGGUGUAUAAACAGAUCUAGUCACUGCUGUGGGCUGAAUGCUUGGCUGAAGCUGAAAAGACCCUCUCUAAAGCAGCGUCUGUGACAAGCUACCAUGGUACGCCUCACCAUAGAUCUGAUUGCUAAAUCUAGAAACCACUUCAAAAAGAAAAGGGGCCUCUCCUUCCCAGACUACCUCAAGACACUCACCCACCUCCACUUUUUCAGCAAGAGUAUUGAAGAUAUCGGUGAUCUCUCCAUGUGUAGAAACCUUACUGUUCUUUACUUGUACGAUAAUCAGAUCACACACAUUUGCAACCUUGGCUUUGCCUCCAACCUCACUCAUCUGUAUAUGCAGAACAACAACAUCACUCAGAUAGAGAAUCUAUCCAAUCUGCAGAGGCUCUCCAAGCUGUAUCUGGGUGGAAACAUGAUUGCAGUGGUGGAGGGCUUAGAGACUCUCUGUGAACUCAAGGAGCUUCAUCUGGAGAGUCAGAGGCUGGCACCAGGGGAAAAGUUGCUCUUUGACCCCAUGACUCUACUCUCGCUGGCGGAAUCUCUUUGCGUCCUGAAUAUAAAUAACAACAACAUUGAUGAUAUCAGGGACCUGACUGCGCUGAAGGGACUCCAGAAGUUUUCUGCUGCUGACAAUCAAUUGCACAAUGUGGAGGAGUUAGAGGAUGUGUUCAGCCACUGGCAUCAGCUGCUUGACGUGGAUUUGGGUGGAAAUCCUGUGUGUAAAAAACCUAAGUGCAGAGACCGCCUGAUAAUUGUGUGCAAAAGCCUCGAGGUUCUCAAUGGCCGAGAAAUUAAAGAGUUAAACAGACAGUUCCUCAUUAACUGGAAAGCAUCCAAAGAGGCCAAGAAGAAAACGAAUAACAAACAUUUGAUUGGUGGACCGUUGAGCUCCUAUCCCUUAACAAAUGACUUUUCGCGUGGGUCAGGGUCCACACCUGGUCACGUCUGCAGCCACGCUAACGUGCAGAGGUGGAAGCCACAGCAGCCCCUCAGGGCACAAAAAUAAAAGAUUCCUUUGAGUGGACGUCUUACUCGUGGGGCUGUCUCAUCAUCACCCAUCUGCAGUCAUGUGGAUGCUUAAGACAAACCUCCCAGUCCUCUAAAAUCUCCACCUCGUCCUCCUCCACACAUGCAGGACUGACCCUGCUUCUGCCUUGUUUAAGUCGUCAUAACUGCGGUGGAUCUUUCAUGCUUGUAUAUAUGUUCUGUUCUGUGUCCUAUAUUCAGCAAGGCACAGAACAGUCACUGUCACCCACUUGCUGUCUAUAGCUGUAGUAUAGUGAAUUAUAGCUGUUUAAAAUGUUUACUUUUUUCACAGCAUAUUUUCAAAUGUUUUGAUUUGAUCUGCCCAUCAAAACUACAUUUCUAAAAAGUAAUUAAUAGGCUGGAAAAAAUCUACUGAA